AUGAGGCGGUUGCUCCUACUCGCCCUCCUGGCCUCAAUUGCCGACCCGUUUUCUCUAUCUGACCUCCUUGACGAUGAUGGAAUAGGAGAGGAUGAUGAGGAAUACUUCAUCUGGGUCAGAUCGGCCAUCUUGAUGAAGCGGCUCUGUUUAGCUGCUCGCCUUGGUGCCGCUGAUCCCGGGCGCCCUCUCGAUUCUGGUCAUCUGCGCCGUGUUGAUUUGGAUCACUUCGAGCCAUGCAAAGAAAAAGCGGAGGAGGCACAAAAUUAUGGGGGCACCUCGAAAGGAGCCGGACUCAGCUGCAAGUACUCCCUCAAGGAGUCCGGACUCGAGUCGAGCCAGCCUACGCUCGAAAAUCGUUUCCGAAGCUUCGAGGCGGAGGAAUCAAGCUCCAAGGGCGAGAAACCCACCAAGAGCUGCUAUGAAAAAACCUCGGGAUACGGCUCGGCCGCCAGAAAAGGCGGAAAAGAAGAAGAGCUCGGCAGGAGAGGCUUCUCGUGCUCCACUUCCGCUUCCGACGGCUCCAAGGAGGACACCCAAGCGCCACCUGCUCCUCCCCAGCCUCUUCCCCCUCCUACCCCAACGAAACAAACGGAGCGGAAACCUUUUUGCCAGGACAACCGCACCGAUCUCAGCAGCUCCAAGGAGGACAGCCAUCACUCGCAAAAGCUAGAAAUACCGGUGACGGUAAACACUACGCAAGCUUCCUUCGAACCAUUGAAGCGAGCGGCCGGGACUAGGGAGAAGCUGCGCGACACUCCGGUUUCGAGAAAUCCUCAACCAAAUCCGCCGCUUAUUGCUGUCACUCCAGAAGCCGUCGAUGCGCCAAAAGUGGGGGCAAAGAUUCAGACACCCUCUUCGCCGGGAACCAUUGUGGCCCAACCAUCGACUGAUGGGUUCGAGAAGAAGCCGGAAAACUUGGAGAAUCGGCCCGAAAAACUGCCGGCUACAGUGACGUGUGGUGGAUUUCCGGAUACACCGAAGGGGAGUGACAAGACCGAGUCGCCGAGCUCUAACGUCGAGGAUCACGGACUUGUGAAUAACGGGUCCCCAGCCGAUACUCAGCCAGAGAAGCUGCCAAAGUCGACUUGCGAUACCCCGAAGGCCCCGUCAUCACCCGGAUCUGCCUCUUUCAUGAAUAUU